AUGAAGAAUACAAAGAGGAACCUUCUUGUGGCAUCCCUUAACAAAUGGAGAAAGAUGGGAAGCAGAGUCAUGCCUUGCUGUGAGUACCAAUGGGGUUUGUGGCCUUCCAUGCAUGAAGGGAAAUCGAUUCCAAGAGAUGUCCCAAAGGGUCACUUAGUGGUCUAUGUAGGUGAGAAAAACAAGCGGUUUGUGAUCAAGAUCACCUUACUUAAGAAUCCACUCUUCAAGGCAUUACUGGAUCAAGCUCAGGAUGAAUAUGAUUUCACUGCUGACUCCAAACUCUGCAUUCCUUGCGAUGAGAACAUUUUCCUUGAUGUUGUUCGCUGCGCUGGCUCUCCACAGGAUCGAAAGACCUGUUUGGGUCUUUAA